AGGAACUGUGCCACCAUGCACAGAAUGCUAAGGAGGCAGGCAGGAUGGAAGGGAGCAUUUAUUAAGCACCUACCAUGUGCCAGGUACUUUACAAACAGAUCCUUUUUUAUUUUAACACUUAUAUGGAGCGAACAGUGGCCUGUGUACUGGUUUGUGCUUACCUCCCUUGAUCCUCACAACAUACUCCUCAGGAUAGGUGCUCUGUUAGCCCCAUUUUGCAGAUGAGCAAACUGAGGCAUGACAGCAAGCAACUUGCCCAGGGUCACACUAGAGAAUGUGAAGUGGAAUCUGAACUGGAGUAUCUGGACCAGCCCUAUCUUCUACUGUUAUAGAAUUUAAUUAGAUUUUGCCAACAAUUCAAGCAUCCCAGAGUUUUAAUUAACAAUGAAUCAGGAAGCCUUAAACGCCACCUCUCCCUCUGGGUCAGUUUGCUCUUCUGUGAAAUGGGAUCAAUUCCAGCUCCUGCCUCCCAGGGCUCCGUAGGGCAGCGCUACAGAGGCCAACGAACGAAAGGGCUGGAGGAUGGGCGGGCGUGAGAAGAACCUGGCAGCCAACGGGCGGCGGCGCCUUUGUCCAAAGCCCUGAUGUCAUCGCUUAAGACUCACUCCCCAUCCCACCCCCGUUCCCUAGUUACCACGCUAUCGCGUUACUUGGGGCGGGAUCCUGCCUCAUGGCGCCCUGACUUCCGGUGCGGUGGCCGCCAUCUUGAUAAAAGCCCUCGCUCCCGGGCCGGGGCCUCCGCCAAUUCGGAACCCUUCACAGCAAAUACCGCACCCCGCCGGAAGCGGACGUCGACGGACCCGAAGACGUGCGCACGUACGGCCAACAUGGAGGCAUCCUUGCGCAUUAUGGCUGGGGUUCGCCGGCUGCUGAGGCGGUCCGGACCUGGACUAGUUCUACGGAGGCUACGGCAUAAGAAAAAAUGGGCCUCCACAGAGCCAAAGUUCUCCUCCAUCCGACUGGCCCUACAGAAUUUUGACAUGAACUACAAGGUACAAUUUGGAGACUUGUGGCCUUCCAUCCGGGUCAGCCUCCUCUCAGAGCAGAAGUAUGGAGCCCUCAUCAAUAAUUUCUCCACUUGGGACAAAACCACCUAUGAGUUAGAGCAGCUCAAGGCCAAAGAUUUUGUUUUGGAGGCACAGAGAAGAAUGUGGGAGAAGGCCUUUCCUGAAGAGCCCAGUACUCCAGCCCUUCCUCCAGAGCUUGAGACACCCCCCUCCCCAGGAGCCCCCUGGCCCUACAGCCCUAACCUGCGCUGCUACACAUUUACCAAAGGGGAUAUCAGCCGCUUCUAUCCAGCCAGGGUAAGCAGCCUGGGCGUCCUCGACUACUACCUCAUGGAUGCUUCCUCUUUGCUGCCUGUCUUGGCUCUGGGGGUGCAGCCUGGUGACACUGUCCUUGACCUGUGUGCUGGGCCUGGUGGGAAAACUCUGGCAUUGCUCCUGACUGGCUGCUGCCGCCACCUGGCAGCUAAUGACAUCUCUGGCUCUCGAACCAGGAGGCUGAAGCAGGUUCUUCACAGUUAUGUACCCCAGGAUGGGAGCCAGGUGCGGGUCACGUCCCAGGAUGGCAGGAAGUGGGGAGACCUGGAGAGGAGCACUUAUGACCGGGUACUGGUGGAUGUGCCUUGCACUGCCGACCGGCACUCUGUCCUGGAGGAAGACAACAACAUCUUCAAGCGCUCACGGAAGGUGGAACGCCAGAUGAUGCCCAUGCUGCAGGUGCAGCUCCUGGUGGCUGGCCUCCUGGCUACCAAGCCCGGAGGGGUGGCCGUCUAUUCCACCUGCACCCUCUCCCACCUGCAGAACGAGUAUGUGGUCGGCGGGGCCAUCGACAUUCUGGCCAAUCAGUACCAGGUCGACGUCCAGGUGGAAGAGCUGAGCUACUUCAGGCAUCUCUUCCAGGACACCUUCUCCUUCUUCCCGUCCUGCCGCAUCGGGGAGCUGGUUCUCCCUGUCUUGUGGGCCAACUUCGGACCCAUGUACUUCUGCAGGCUGCGUCGGCUCACUUAGCAGCUCACCCAAGCCCCUUCUCCUGCAGGAUGUCCUGUGGGUGGACCUGGGAGAGAUGGAUGUGUCUUGUCCAAGGGGGUGACUGGUGAGAGGAAAUGGAAGAACUCAUCCCCCUCAUCCCCCCACCCAGGCCCUACUGAAGAUGUGGCAGCAGAGGAAGGGCAAGGCCUCCUUGUCCUGGCAUAGGGACCGAACCACAGCGGUUUCUGGCCGUGGGCUCCACUUCUCCAGAUGAGAAGCUUUUCUUACUGUUUGGGGGGGACGUGGCAUGUGGGUUCAAUCACCCCAUCCUGAAUGGAGAAUGAAGCAGAAGGGAGGCCCCUUCAGGGCAAGGACUCUGGCUUUAAUCCUGGUUUCCCUAAAGCCUGGGGGCUUAAUAAAUACAUACUUAUAUAUGUAUUUAUAUAUGG